CCCCCCUGCAUUGCUCAGAACCCAACGCCACCCGCCGCCCACUUCCCGCCUGCCGAAUCGCCGAUCACCUCCCGCACUGCUUCGUCCUGGCCCUUGCCAAUUGCUACCUUGAAUCUGAGGCCCGCUGGCACCCACCCUCUCGUCCUCCGUCUGGCCACCGAGGCUUGCCGCACCCUGGAGUGGGCUUCGUCCGUUGGUCUGAUUAGCGGUCAUGCACAUGUUCUGUUCGAUGAAACGCCUAGCAAGGUUGUCAUUGCCCUACAGAUGCACUUGUGGACUUUGAUGAAGCUCCGUGUAUUCUAAGGAUUGGAGUUCCAACGUACAGACAAAUGGCAUCGAUCAUAUUCGGUCCAGGAAACCUGCACGCCCUCUCUGUGCGGCUGAGAAUAUUAGCUGGGAGUUGGACAUUUCAGUAUGGUCCCUUUAUCUGUGGUGUGCAGCGGAGGUGGAAGAAGCCAGUAGAUUCAGCAAGAACCCGUCUGGAGAGCAGAACAAGGGAUCAUAGGCUGGACAAGCUAAUGGUUCAACUGAGAAACUUGAAGCUGGUCGUGGCUGCAUGUGAGUUGAUAUCUCAGCAGAGGAACGGAUAUGCUUCUCUCCAACUUCUUUCAAAGUGGAGACAUGAGGUCGGAUUGAACAUUGAGAUUGGCGCUUUCCUCAAGAAAUAUCCCCACAUUUUCCAGAUUUACGUGCACCCUGUGAAGAGAAACCAUUGCUGCAAGACCACACAAAAGAUGACUGACUUGAUUGCAGAGGAAGAGGCCAUGAUAAGGGAGAAUGAGACCAACAUAGUUCAGCGGCUGAAGAAACUUCUCAUGCUCUCUACAAAUGGAACUCUGAAUAUGCACGCAUUAUGGCUAGUAAGAAGGGAACUUGGGCUGCCUGAUGAUUACAGGUCUUCCAUGCUACCGAAGUAUCCACAUGAUUUAUAUCUUGAAUCCCCUGAUACUCUGUCACUUGUCUCUCGGGAUGACGAAUUAGCUGUGGCUAAGAUUGAAGAAUGGAGGAAGAAAGAGUACACUGAAAAAUGGCUAGCUGAAUCGGAGACAAGAUACGCUUUUCCGAUCAACUUCCCUACUGGAUUUAAGAUUGAGAAAGGCUUUAGGGAAAAACUGAAGAACUGGCAGAGGCUUCCCUACACCAAGCCUUAUGAGAAGAAUGAUUUGCAUCCGAUCCACAAUGUGGAGCGGAUUGAGAAACAUGUUGUUGGUAUUCUUCAUGAACUGUUAAGCCUUACGGUAGAAAAGAUGAUACCACUUGAGAGACUGUCGCACUUCAGACGAGUUUUUGCUAUGGAAGUAAAUUUGCGGGAGCUUCUUCUUAAGCACCCAGGAAUUUUCUACAUCUCGACCAAGGGAAGUGCACAGACAGUCAUUCUGAGGGAGAGUUAUAGUAAAGGCUGCCUGGUUGAGCCUAAUCCUGUAUACGACGUGCGAAGGAAAAUGCUAGAUCUGAUUUUGUCUGGAUGCCGUAAUGUUGGUGUUGCUGUGGAAUAUGAUCAGGCAAGCUGCCAUGAGUUGCAGAAGAACAUGUGCCAGGUGGAUACUGCAAAUAACGUACUUGAACUUGAAAAUGACAGUGGCUCCUAUACAUCUAACUGACUGCAAAUAUAGAAUCCCGUCUGGUUCAAGAAACACGAGAAUCUCCAGAUGCAGGCCUCAUGCAACCACUUCCCUGUUAAAACUGAUAGGAUCGUCGUAGCAUCAGAGCCUACUUGUAGUAGCAGCAGUAGUAGUACAACAAGUGAGCAUUAGAAGAGCAGAGUUUCACUGAUCUCUGAAGCUCUCUAUAAGAAUACUAAUGGUACUGCUAGCAGUAUUAGAGGAGCAGAGCUUUUGAACCACUACGAUCACCGCCAAUUCGCCAGCUCCGAGCAUCACCAAGAUGUCACGGGGCACCGGCGGCCUGACCAUCCUCCAGCUCUGGCUCCGGCACCGGCGAGUCCUCCAGCUUCAGGCCUCCUCUCCCAGGCUCAGGGUGCGAUUCAUCGGCCUGAGGACGUGUACACUGGAGUUAACCCUCAUCAUCACCCUCGUGCUCCCUGAUCUGAUUCUUGCUGGGGUGAACGCGUCUUCAGCUGUGCUGCCUGAGCAGAGGACGCAGCCGGCGACGUUGGAGUUGGAGGUGGAGGUGCCCCUGCCGGCGGCACCACAGGCCCGGAUCUUCCAUCCUACAAAUGCCACUUCGUUGGUGACGAAGCCGACACCCACCCUGCCACUUAUUUUGCUCGUGUUCUUCCUCCUCGCGAUUAUCGCUUAAAUUAUGUACUUCCUGACAUUUUAUAUGAACAAACAAUAAUCUUUUGUUCGAUACAAACAUAUAUAUGAAUGAAUGGUAAAUGGUAAUGCUCUGUUUC